AUGAAUGAUGAAGAGGUACCAUGUGUUGUUUGCAUCACACCGAACACCAACGUCGUCAUGGUUCCUGCCAAGAACGUUUGUCAUCCUGGGUGGACAUUAGAAUACGCGGGCUAUCUGAUGGCGGAGAGGUCUACUAACAAUGCUAAGAACUAUGUAUGUAUGGAUGGUGUACCCGACAAUUUAGACAAAAGUCGCGGCGAUCAGGGCGGGGCGCUGUUCUACUUUGUUGAGGCUUCGUGCGGAUCCCUCCCCUGCGACCCGUACAUACAAGGAUAUGUGCUGACUUGUGCCGUCUGCAGCUUACCACCUGUAAACUAA